AUGAUCACAGGUAACUAAACUCAAAAGAAAGUCUGUCUGCUGAAAUGUAGUUACUGAUUUUGUUUUGUUUUGUUUUUUUAAAUAUUUAUAUAAAAUGAAAAUGUUAAUCUCAAAUUACUGUUUUUUUUUAUUUUAAAUUUUCACUAAUCUCACCAAUUUCCCUCUUUAGGUUUUAUUUCUCUUUUCGCCCCUUGAGUAUAUAUGAUUAUACACUGCCUACCGUCACACUAAUAUCUUUUCUUUCUUGCUCUGAAUAUCUAUAUGCAAACACUGCCAUUUUUUCCAUGAUGUCUGCAGAUGGCCCUUUUGUGGCAUUCUUAUGACUAGUGGAUUGUGGGUAAAUCUGAUUGGCAACUGAGACAGAAGCUUGCUUAUAGGAACACUAUAGGGUUAACAUAGCAGGGGAUAAGAAAAUCUUAAUUAAACAGAACUUGCAAUAAAGAGCCUAAAUAGGGCUCUCUUUUACAGGAAGUGUUUAUGGAAGGCUGUGCAAGUCACAUGCAGGGAGGUGUGACUAGGGUUCAUAAACAAAGGGAUUUAACUCCUAAAUGGCAGAGGAUUGAGCAGUGAGGCUGCAGGGGCAUGUUCUAUGCACCAAAACUGCUUCAUUAAGCUAAAGUUGUUUAGGUGACUAUAGUGUCCCUUUAACCCCUUAAGGACACAUGACAUGUGGGACAUGUCAUGAUUCCCUUUUAUUCCAGCAGUUUGGUCCUUAAUGGGUUAAGUACUACAGUGUCCGUUGAAAGAAACACUCCAAUUUUUGUAAAAAAAAUUUUUUUAACAAUUUUGUAGAUAUAAUGAAAAAAAUGAAUGAAUGUUUUCAUUGGAGGUAUAUCUAAAAAAAAAAACUUGCAAAAGGUGAAGAUCUCUUGUCUGCAGCCUUUGCAAGCCUUCCCCGUCUAAACUCGUCCAAUCUUUCUGUGGAUAUCCAAUCACCGACUUUCCAAUGUACCUCAAUAAUUCUUUGCAAAGCAGGUGCUCUUCAGCAAUAUCUCAUGUUGAGCUCCACUGAGAUAAACUACCAGGAAGUAACAGGACUGGUUGUGUGAUUAAUAUCCAAUGAGUAUAACAAGGUUAAUUUGUAAGUGGGCCAAUUUCUAUUGAAAUAUGAACUUUGUAAAAUGAAUAAAAAGGUCAUAAUCUUCAGAAAGCUAAAUGCUUCAGGUGUUUGCAGUGUUCCUUUAAGAUCAAACCAUUUCAUACUCCCCAUAGCAAAGAUUAGUCCCUAUAUUUUCUUAUGUAUGUGUAUGGGGGUAAAUAUGGAUUUCAUAAAAUCUUUAUGAAAUUCUCAUACUGAAAGUGCUGGAAUUAUAAUAAAGUUACAUGGCACCUGUUGUCUGCUUACUGAAAGCUGCACAGCUUUCAGUGUUGUUUGUAGAGCUAUAAGAUGCUAUGAAAGUGCCUGUCAUGGGAGGUUGAGACGUGUAUAAUAUGUGCCUCAUACUGCCAUUCUUAAAUAUCCAACCAUGGGCAGAUCUUUUUUUUCUUUUCUAUUAUUAUUAUUAUUAUAAUAAAUGUUUUUAAAGUUUACAUAAGGGGGAAGUAUGGACUACUUCCCCGUAUGUAUAAUCUGCAGGUUGAUGUCUUCUUACCUCACACAUUGUGCCACUUUCAGCAAUGUUGCGUCAUCAUCGGUCUGUGUAUACCGGACAUGCACAUGAUUUUACGCACAUGCCCUUGGAAAGGAAGAUAAAUUGAUUACCAUUGAAUGUCAUCUUGGACAUGCUAACAGUGGUGCCAUGAAAGAAGAUCUGGCAGGCCAGAAAUGCCUCUUAGGACUAAUAAAUGAUAUGAGUGGUUGAGGAUCUUAAAAGGUGGAUACAUGGUUGGUGGACUGGGGGGAAGGAAACUAAGCAACUUUAAGGGAAUAUGUAUUGUAGGAAAGAAGACAGGAGUUUUUUGAGGGGAGUUGGGUAUGGGUCUGCAUAAGGAGGUGGGGUUGCCCACAUUUUCUGCUCUGAAAGCAGAAUUACCAGUAAGCACUAUUACAAUUUGCAAUGCCUAUUGAUGUGGUUGCCUAAUGUGCAGUGAUCCAACCCAUGCUGGCAUGUUUCAGUUUGUGGAGCUAUAAUCUAAAGCGUGUCGCUAUGGCUUUAUGUAGAAGGGUAUUUCAGAAUGCUGCACUGUAAGCCUACCUUCUCAGCUACACAUCCUCCCUCAUCAAAAAUACUUCCUUAUCAUUUGUGCAUGUACCGCUCAACAACUGACCACUCUGAGUGAGUGAUCUGAACUACAAAGCAACCUGUAUUAGUAGGUGAACACCGUGGGAGACGAUUUCUGAAUGUCUGCAACCAGUUGUGAAUAAAAAGCAGUUCAGUUAGUGCUGUAUGGGCUCGGCUUUAUGCAAAACAUUGAUUUAUUUGUGUAAAAACUAUAAAGAUUAGAGCAUUCAAAACAAAACUGCAUAUUUGGACAGUGGGUAACUGAGGAGGUGAGCUGUUAGAAUCUCCUACAACUAAUACAUCUCCUAUGUUGGGCAAUGAUUCUGAUUCCUGGCACCGUGUCUGGAGAGGAGUUAGGUGGAAUGACUAUUCUAAGUUUAAACAGAGUGGUGCAUAGGAUAGGAUACUGUAUUUUCGUACUAAUCACCCCUGGGGGGUAAAUAUACAUAAUUGUUUUUCACCCUUCAUCAACCCUCGACUGAUGUUUUGGAAAACUGCUAAAUAGGCUAUACUCACUCUUAACGUUUUAUAGAGAAUAAUAGAGGUAUUCUGGCUGAGUACAUGUGGACUGUUACAGACUCACAUUUUUGAACAGGUCUGACUUCUUACUCUGCUCCCUGCCUUCAUUACCAUCUCCUGAAAGCCAGAGGUUCUUCAGUGGGAACUUCCGUUAGCUCUCUUCAGUUAAGCCCUACAAUACAGGUUGUGGUGGUUAUAGUCCUUGGAGUAUUCUUUUUAAUGAGACCAAAACCAAAUGUAUUAAAGUUGUUUUGGUACUUGGAGUGCCCCUUUUAAUUGCAUGAAGUGAUAGAAACAUAUAACACUGUAAUCUAGCUUAUUAGAAUGGUUAAAUGAUAAAUGCUCCUUAUUUAGUUCUCUCCCCCCAAUAGCCUCUUCUCUGAAUCGUUCAUUUCUUCCACUAUAUGUCAGAUUGUCAAAUAAUGCGUUCAUGUGUAAAUUUUUCCGUAUUGUGAACUGGGCACUUGUCCCUAUAAAUGUGUCAAGACAGUUUUUGUUUUUAUGCAUUAUUCCGCUGUCAGGGAAUCAACCUAGAUUUAUUUAUUAAUUUUUGUUUUGCCAAAACCAAAAUAUCGUUUUGUAUUUUUUUUUUUAUUUUUUUUUUAACACGCCGCUCAUUUGAGGCUAAUUUAAUCGUGAUCGCUUCCAGCCGCUCUAUGGGUAUUGCACGAUGCCUCGAUGUCGAGGCAUCGUACAAUACCCCCUCACUGCCGAGCACCCGGGUGAUCGCUCCCCCUGGAGCGAUCACUUCCGGGUUGCCGCACGUGGCACCCGGCAGUGUACAGCAGAGCAUCAGAAGCCAUCAGGCAGGCUUCCGAUGCUCUGCCUGUACUGAGUGCCUCGAGGGGUCGAGGCACUCAGUAAAAGGAAAAAAAUGUAUAAAUUACAUCUUUUUUAAAAAAAACUUCCCCUCCCUCCCCAUGUACUUACCGAUCGCCGCCGUCCCCUUGCCAGCAAUCGGUUGUCUUCUGAUGAUACUUUAUAUAUGGUAAAGUAAUUUAAUUUUGGAGCGCACUUUAAAAAUUUCAUAUACCUAGAGUUCGUAUGAAUUUUUUACACAAUGUUGCUGACACACUCAAUAUGUUAUACCCCUAACACAUAAAACAGAAUCAAAACAGGAAGAAAUAUAGAAAAGAGUGGAGCAGUAUGAAAUGUAUGUUUAGGUGAUAGACCCACAACCAAAUGUUAAUUAUAAAGGUAUUGCAGUAAUACUCAAUGUUCAGUAGAUGGCUCCCAGUUAACACAGCUCAUAGCACAUGUAAAGGGAAUACAUAAAAACACAUAAUUGUGCAGAUAGUUUAAAACAAAAAAAUGCUUUCAACACCAUCACUACUGUAGAUAGAGAUUCCCAUAAAAUCCCCCCAAUUGUUAAAGUAAGGAGAUCAGGUAUCUGUCAUACAGUGAUGGAACCCUGAUAUUGGCAAAGUAUAAACUAAUUUAUUUAAAAAACUCUGUUUAAAAAAAAAAAUCAACAAACAAACUGUCUCUUACAAGAGAAAGUGGUGAGCAGACUUGGCAUACGCCGUUACUCACGGCCCAGCUUUGUAAAAUAUGGAGGAGUUGGAGACACUGUCUCUGCAAGGCUGCAGUGUAGUCUCUGUAGUGUCCUCCCCCUUGAUGACGUCAGUGCGUUUCUCCGGUCUGUCGGGCUUCCUCAGGAAGUGACCAUCACAUCCUGAGGAAGUCGGACAGACCGGAGAAACGUGUUGAUGUCAUCAAGGUGGCGGAGACUAUGGAUACCAGGAAGCACAACACUUGUACUAUUUGAGCUGCACGUGUGUGUGUAUGUAUGUAUGUACACAUAAUAUAUUAAAUAUAUUAUUAAAAAACAAAUUGAAACGCUAAGUUUGGCCAGCAUUUGUGACUAAGUGGCUAUCUAGACAACACAUAUGAGGAUGUUCUUUGGCAGUAAUAUAUAACAGGAGCUGAGAAUCCAUGUCUAAAGUAAAAUGUGUUAAAAAUAACACAAAAAAUUACUACCCAAAAGGUUGACAAAGACUGGUGGUAGAAUUAGUGCAGGGAAAGUGUUAAAAUACCACCAUGUGAAAUACCCUUGGGUGUCUACUUUUUAAAAAUAUAUGGUUUGAUGGGGGUAAAUAACAUUGACCAGCUUAAAAAAUGUCCCAAAUAGGAUAUGGGUGCAUGAUGACCAUCUGUGUAAAUUCCAAGUUGGAAAACUGGAAUGUGCACCCUCCAAAUAAUGUAUUUUUGACCCCGUCUUCCUUCAACCCUGGAUCAGCUCCUGUCUUCCAGGACUGUGUGGGAAAGAACUCUUCCUUCCACCCUGUAUGAACCUCCAGCAUCCAGGACUGUGUGGUGAAGACCCCUCCUCCAAGGAGAGCGUGUCAGGUACAAUCUCUUAAAAGAGCUAAGUGAUUCAAGCUCAGGGGAGCAUGCAGAGCAUAGCAAUCGCCAGUGUGAUUAUAACAGCUCCCUCCAAUAAUGAGACAAGGCUACGUUUAGAGGGAUCAAGAAGAACUGUCUAAACCUUUAUUUCCCUUGGGACCAGCCCACAGGGUCACCACAAUAACAUUGUUGUGAAACCUCAAUAAAAUCAAAAACAGUCAAACCAUAGCAGGCAACACACAGUGACUUAUCACAACACAAUGGCACAUUUUUAACCCCUUAGCGACCGAGGACGGUUCAGGACCGUCAUCUGCAUUUUUGCGUUGCCGACCGAUGACGGUCCUGAACCGUCCUAACGGUCUUAGUUACUUACCUGAUCGCCGCCGUUCCCCCGGCGGCGAUCAGCGUGGCUCCGGUUGUGUUGAGACUGCCUGCAGCCCAGACAGUCUCCCCACACUGAAUUAGGACCCCUGUGGCCAUGUGAUCGCUCAACACAGCGAUCACAUGGUCACAAUAGGUGUCCUAGUGUCUACCUGCAGGGGGACUGCCUGUGCUGACAGGCAGUCUCCCUGCUAGUGUAAAAUCAUUUAAAAAAAAUAAAGUUAAUGUUAAUAAAAAAAAAUAAUUAUAUAUGUGUAUACAUAUAUGAUAUAUAGACAUAUAUUAUAAUUUUAUAAUAUAUGUCUAUAUAUCAUAUAUAUAUAUAUAUAAUGUCAUACUAAGUGUAUUUUUAUAUUAAUAUGUACUUAUAUUAAUAUAAAAAUACACUUAUAAUUAAAUUACACACGUGUGUAUAUAUAUAUAUAUAUAUAUAAUAUAUAUAAUUAUAUAUAUUGUAUAUAUAUAUUAUAAAAUAUAAAUAAUAAGUAAUUUAAAUUAAAUAAUUUAAAAAAAAAAUAAUAAUAAAAAUUUAAAAAAAAUUAUAUAUCUAUAUGAAAUUGUAUUCUAACUGUAUUUUAAAAUUAAUAUAUAUUUAUAUCAAAAUACACUUAGAAUGAAUUUGUAUAUAUAUCUAUGUAUAUAAAAAUAAAUAAAAAUAAUAAGAAAUAUACAUAUGUCCAUAUACAAAAUUACAUAAAUAAUUAUAUAAAUAUACACGUAGACUUCAAAUAUAUAAAUAUGCAUAUAUAUUUAAAUUCUACGUGCGUAUUUAUGUAAUAGUUUUAUAUAAUUCAGUAAUUUUAUUGAUUGCAAUUUAAGGGACCUGCCUGCCAACCCAGGCCGAAAUUCCAGAGAAUUGAAUUUGCUAGCACUGUAUUUUACCCUGUAACGUUCUACGACACCCUAAAACCUGUACAUGGGGGGUACUGUUUUACUCGGGAGACUUCGCCGAACACAAAUAUUAGUGAUUCAAAACAGUAAAACAUAUCACAGCGAUGAUAUUGUCAGUGAAAGUGACUUUUUUUGCAUUUUUCACACACAAACAGCACUUUUACUGAUGAUAUAAUUGUUGUGAUACGUUUUCCAGUUUUUAAACACUAAUAUUUGUGUUCAGCGAUGUCUCCCGAGUAAAACAGUACCCACCAUGUACAUGUUUUAUAGCAUUUUUGAAAGCUACAAGGUCAAAUAUAUGGGUCAAAUAUUUUUACAUUGAAAAUGGCCAGGUUGGUUACGUUGCCUUUGAGAGCGUAUGGUAGCCCAGGAAUGAGAAUUACCCCCAUGAUGGCAUACCAUUUGCAAAAGAAGACAACCCAAGGUGUUGCAAAUGGGGUAUGUCCAGUCUUUUUUAGUAACCACUUGGUCACAAACACUGGCCAAAAUUAGCGUUCAAUUUAGUUUUUUUUACUUUUUUCACACACAAACAAAUAUGAAUGCUUACUUUGGCCAGUGUUUUCGACUAAGUGGCUACUAAAAAAGACUGGACAUACCCUAUAUUGAAUACCCUGGGUUGUCUACUUUAAAAAAAAUAUGUACAUGUGGGGUGUUAUUCAGAGAUUUAUGACAGAUAAUAGUGUUACAAUGUCACUAUUGAUAAAUUUUAAAAAAUGUAUGUUUUGAAACCGCAAUAUCCUACUUGUACCUAUAGCCCUAUAACAUGCAAAAAAAAGCAAAAAAGCACGUAAACACUAGGUAUUUUUAAACUCAGGACAAAAUUUUGAAUCUAUUUAGCAUUUUUUUUCAUUCGCUUUUGUAGAUGAGUAAAAGAUUUUUCAAGUAAAAGUCAAAAAACAUGUAUUUUUUUAAAUUUUUCAUCAUAUUUUUUUAUUUUUUUAAAAUUAAAAUACAUGAGAUUAUAUAAAUAAUGGUAUGUAAAGAAAGCCCCUUUUGUCCUGAAAAACAAUAUAUAAUUUGUAUGGGAACAGUAAAUGAGAGAGCGGAAAAUUCCAGCCAAACACAAACACCACAAAAGUGUAAAAAUAUGCCUGGUCGCAAAUGUACAACAUCGCAAAAACAGUCCAGUCCUUAAGGGGUUAAGGGGUUAAGGACAGAGCCAAAUGUACACGUUGUGAACGAAACAAAAUGUAAACAAAACCUGGCAUUUGCGCUACAUGUCUGUCCAACCGUAAUUCACCUCUUUCAUAGUAAAUGCACCUACCCUUAUUAUAUAUCAUUUUAUUCAGGGGAAACAGGGCUUUCAUUUAAUAUCAAAUAUUUAGCUAUGAAACAUAAUUUAAUAUGAAAAAAAUGGUAGAAAAUAAGAAAUUUUGUUAUUUUUUUAGUUCUACAUGACAUUUUAACUGUCAAUGUCAUAAUACUGUUUGCUUUUACUGCAAUAAAAUACACAUAUUUGUAUUCAGCCAUGUCUCACGUGUAAAACAGUACCCCCUAUGUACAGGUUUUAUGGUGUUUUGGGAAGUUACAGGGUCAAAUACAGCACGUUACAUUUGAAAUUGAAAUUCGCCAGAUUGGUUACGUUGCCUUUGAGACUGUAUAGUAGCCCAGGAAUUAAAUUUACACCCAUAAUGGCAUACCAUUUGCAAUAGUAAACAACCCAAGGUAUUGCAAAUUGGGUAUGUCCAGUCUUUUUUUAGUAGCCAUUUGGCCAUAAACACUGGCCAAAGUUAGCGUUAGUAUUUGUUUGUGUGUGAAAAAUGCAAAAAACGCCAAUUUUGGCCAGUGUUUGUGACGAAGUGGCUACUAAAAAAGACUGGACAUACCCCAUUUGCAAUACCUUGGGUUGUCUACUAUUGCAAAUGGUAUGCCAUCAUAGGGAUAAUUUUCAUUCUUGGGUUACCAUAGGGUCACAAAGGCAACGUAAGCAAUCUGGCGAAUUUUAAUGUGAAAAAAAUGAAACACAAGCCUUAUAUUUGACGCUGUAACUUUUGAAAACACUAUAAAACCUGUACAUGAGGGGUACUGUUGUACUCGGGAGACUUCGCUGAACACAAAUAUUUGUGUUUCAAAACAGUAAAAAGUAUCACAGCAAUAAUAUCGUCCGUGUAACUGCUGUUUGUGCAUGAAAAAUGCAAAAAACGUCACUUUUACUGGCGAUAUCAUCGCUGUAAUACAUUUUACUGUUUUGAAACACUAAUAUUUGUGUUCAGCGAAAUCUCCCGAGUAAAACAGUACCCCCCAUUUACAGGUUUUAUGGUGUUUUGGAAAGUUAUAGGGUUAAAUAUAGUGCUAGCAAAUUAAAUUCCCUAUACUUUUGGCAUGGGUUGUCAGUCAGGUCCCGCUAAUUGUAAUUAAUUAGGAUACCUAAUUAUGUAAAAAUAUUACAUAAAUAUAUGUGUAGAAUUAAUAUGUGUAUAUAUAUACGUAUGUGAAUAUAUAUGUGUAUAUAUAUAAUUUUUUUAAUAUUUGUAUUUAUAUAUAUGUGUAUAUAUAUAUAUAGUGAUAUAAACAUAUAUAUUUAUGUAUAUAGAUAUAUAUAUUAUUUCGUUCUACGUGUAUUUUUAUAUAAAUAUAUAUAUAUAUUAAUAUCACAAUACAGUUAGAACGAAAUAACAAACAUCUAUAUAUUUUUUUAUUAUUUAUUUUUAAUUAUUUUUUUAAUUUUAUUUUUUUACGUAUUUACAUUUUUAUAUUAUAAAUAUAUAUAUAUAUAUAACAAUAAUUAUAUAUAUAUAUAUAUUUAAUCAGUAUCAGUCUACGUGUAAUUUGAUAGUAAUAUAUAUAUAAAUAAUUAUAUAUAUUAAUAUUUAAAUACACUUCGUGUAUGUGUAAAUGUGUGUGUGUGUGUGUGUGUGUAUAUAUAUAUAUAUAUACUUAGAUCAUAUAUAUAAUAUAUAUGAUCUAAGUAUAUUUUAUAUGUAACUGUAAUUUUUUUUUUUUUAAACUAAUAUUUUUUUUUUUUUACAGGAGAGGGGGCAGAGACAGUGUCAGCCAGUGAUUUUACAUCACUGGCUGACACACUGGAUCAGUGAUCACAGUGACUGCCUGUCACUGUGAUCACCUCCUGCAGAUUGGGUAAUUGGCCACAGGGGGGAGUGCCUGGGUGGUACAAGCACUCCCCCCUUCCAAUCUGCAGGGGGAUCUUUGUGCCAGUUACAUGUGUCAGCCAAUGGGCUGACACAUGUAACACUGAUCGCAGUGACAGGCUGUCACUGCGAUCAGAGCGCUCUGAGAUCGCAGUGACAGCCUGUCACUGCGAUCUCAGACUUAGCAGAUCGCGGUCACUGACCCCAGGGGGACUGCCUGGGGGGCCAGGUAAGUCCCCCGACCACUAUCUGCACAGGGGAGAGCCGCUGGCCAUGUGUGUCAGCCGAUUUGAAAUCGGCUGACACACGUUAAAUACUGAUCGCAGUGACAGCCUGUCACUGCGAUCAGAGACUGCAGAUCGCGGUCACCGGCCACAGGGGGGGUUGCCUGGGGGGCCAGGCAACACCCCCGACCGCGAUCUGCAGCGGGCGAUUAGCACCGGCCACGUGGGCGGCCAUUAAAGUGAGGGCGUACUAUUACGCCCGCCGGCGUUUAGAGCCGGCUCCUGCAGGGCGUAAUAUUAAGCCCUCUGGAUUUAAGGGGUUAAAGGGGUGGGGGAGACAAUAUUUAACAGUAAAUAUCUCACCUGCCUGCAGAAUUAGCAAUAUGCAAAUCUACCCGAAUAUGCAAAUGAACCAGUCUUGCAAUUCAGGUAGUGCAUAUUGCUGUUGCUACCAACAGAGGGCACUAGACAAGCUCCAUAGUCAAACCCACCUAGUUGGUAGCAAACCUCAGCAGUACAGGAGAGCAGGCAAUACAUUUCACAGUACACACACACACACACACACACACACUAUAAACAAUUACAUUACACACACCCUGCACCUAUAAUGGGUACAGGGUGACUAAAACAUAAGAGAAAUAAAGCAGCCUACAUAAAUAGUCUGUCUGAAGGUAGACUAGGGGCUUUAAAGCCAAAUACAUGAAAGAGUCAUAGUCACAGGGGAGGAGGCUGGCAAGCAGGCCUCUCCAGGACCAAGUGGCGAAGGGCACUUCGUCACAGGGUGUUCUUUGGCAGUAACCCUUAAAGUUCUCAGUAGAUGUAUUCUUAAAUUGCAAUGUGUGUCAAAAAAAAUCACCAAUUAUUUUUUUUUUAAAUUUGGAAUAGAUUGGUGGUAAAAUGGUUGCAUGAAAAGCAUCAAAAUACGUUAAGUUUAAUACCUUAGUUUGUCUUUUUUAAAAAAAAAAAAUACAUACAUGUGAAGGGUUAUUCAGGGAUUCCUGACAAAAAUCAGUGUUACAAUGUAACUUGCGUUAAUGUAAAAAAAAAAACUACUUGUACUUAUUGCCCUAUAACUUUCCAAAAAAAGCUAACAGCAUGUUAACAUUGGGUAUUUCUAAACUCAGGACAAAAUUUUGAAACUAUUUAGCACGGGUAUUUUUGGGCGGUUGUAGAUGCGUAACAGAUUUUGGGGGUCAAUGUUCGAAAAAGUGUGUUUUUGUACAUAUUUUUAAAUUAUAUUUUAUAAAUGUUUUUAUAGUAAAUUAUAUGAUCUGAUGAAAAUAAUGGUAUCUUUAGAAAGGCUAUUUAAUGGUGAGAAAAACAGUACAUAAUAUGUGUGGGUACAGUAAAUGAGUGAGAGGAAAAUUACAGCUAAACACAAACACUGCAGAAAUGUAAAAACAGCCCUGGUCCCAAACGGUAAGAAAGUUGAAAAGUGGUCUGCUCACUAAGUGGUUAAAAAAAUGAAAACUCUUGGCACAACAGACCGUAUUAAGUAAAUAAAUCCAAUAUCUGCAAACAUUAUAGUACUUGUAUGUGCCAAAAAGAAAGAGUCUUCAAUCUGUGUGUAUAUGAACUAAUUAGUUGUCUUGGUGACAGAGCAGAUUGACAUAAUCUAUAAUGUACAUUAAGAAUGUCUAUUUUGUAACUAGGUAAGCUGCUAAUUUUCAUGAGUGUAUCAUUAUCCAGCUAUUGCUUUGUGCUAGUGGAGCCUCAUUUUCACAAUCAAAGCUGCGACGAUAUUAAUAUUAUUCAAUAAUUUACAUAUCAUAAGGCGAUUUAAAUGUCAUCUCUCAUUUCUUCCUUUCCUCUGUCAAACUACAUUUACUGAAGUGAUACGUCUAUAAAAUGGAUUUUAGGUGGUCUUAACACUUUGGCUGCAUUGCCGCUAGUUCUGCUGAUGUUCAAUGCACCUGCAAACGGACUCCAGAAGAUUUGGGUUCCUGCCACUGCUCGUUGGAGUGAGCAGACAGGGCUGGUAAUUCUGUUGAUCUGACUUAACUGCUGAUUCUGCGCAUCCUGCAAUUAACUGGUCCUGCAGUCCCAGCCAUACAGAGAAUGGGAGGCAGGGCCACACACAGGAAGACUAUUUGGAGCCUCCACACUAAUUACUGUGCUGCAGCCAACACGUGACUGUUAAAGAUGCAGUCACAAGACUUCUGAAGGAAGAUGAGCCAAAGCCUGGCUGGAGGAAUAAUGGAGAAUGAAUAUGCUGUGUGUGGUGCUGAGUUUAGGCAUAGCUGGCUGGGUGUCACAACUGGGGAGAGGUUAUUUAUUAUUCAUUACUGAAAUGGGCUUGGAGCUAGCAGAAUGAGUCUUAGACCAGAAACUGUGGGGGACUGAGUAGAGAAUAAGAGGAACUACUGCUGUGUAUGUAUACAACAGUGCAUUCAGAAGCCAACACUGUGCACAAAUGCACACCUACAUUUAAACACAAAUACUACACACAACUGCAUUCAAACGCCAGCACUAUAUACAAGUUCACCCUAACAUUUAAAUACACUACACAAAAACGCACCCCUGAAUUUAAACAUCAACACUACACACGUUCAAACACACAGACACUGGUCACAAAAACAACCCAGCACGCAUGUGGGAGAUGUACAACAGUUGAGGAUCAUCUUUUGGCCACCCUUGCGUUAGAGCAGGUUCCAAAAUAUAUUCUUGCACCAGGUCCCUUUUUACAUUAGUUCCACCACUUCCCCUGAAUUAUAUGCUUGGGAGCACAAGCAAGAUUCUGAAAAAUUAAUAAAUAAAUUCUAUCUUCUCAGUCCUUUUAAUUGUUUUAGGCCAUAUGGGCAUAGUGAGGAGACUGUAAUCUAGACUCAUUUUUUAAUACCCCAGCGUUACAUAUUUUGUUUUGACCCUGCAGUAUUACUUUUAAAGGUUUUGUGAUGUGUUGCCUUAAAACACAGACUGUUAAACAAAUUUGUAAAGGACUUAUACUAAAGAUGGUGAAAAAUGGAAGUUUAUGAAACUGCUGGAAAAUCCACACUAUAUAAGCUAUGUGCAAAUGUCACAUCUUUCUGCUCCUGUACAGUUUCAGUGUGUGUUCAUAGGAUUAGACUAAUUUUCCUUUUAUCUUUUUUUUUUUAAGGAAAAUGUUCCACUCCACCAUGUAUAUUUUAUUACUACACAAAUUUAAUAAUUACAUAUUUUUUUUUUUCUGGUUUGAUAUUUAAAGUAAAAUAAAUUCCAGAGUGAAUUUACCUGUAAAUGAAUUCAAUCAACAUUAAAAGAAUAAUCCAAGCAGCAUAACGGUGUUCUUUGCAUAGAUUUUAUGGUACAUGGAAGGUUGUUGCAAAUGUUAGUAAAUUCCUGGUAUUUUUGUUGGGGUUUUUUGUUUUGUUUUAUGGGAAAAUGUCUUUCUCUCAUAGAAAAUUAUAGUAAAUAUAUUCUGAGUUUGCAUCUUUCAUUGUACUUGAAGUGGAGACGCAGCCACUAUUGCAUCUAUACUUUCUGGAGUAUUCCUUUAAAUAUAAUUGAAUGUCUGUUAUGCAGGAGAGGAAAAUAUUUGUAGUGAAGAAAUCCAGAUACAUUUGAGUUUUUGGCAAUGCAAUAGAAGUUAAACUUUUAAUCAAUAUUUUGUUUCUGGAACUUGACCUUCCAUAGAGGUUAGUAACCACCUCUAAAUCCCUUUUGACAGAAGAUAAAUGUGAUGAGCAGACAUCUGUCAUAACCUUUGAAACUACACUUUUAACAGAAUGCUCUGACUUGAUCCUUGGUGAAAAAUCUUAAAAUAGCUUCACAACUUGGUAUAUAAUUCAGGCUGCUUUUCUCUUAAAUAAAUAUAUUUUGCUCUCCUACGAGACAUUUUAUUGUGCUUAGCAUUGUAAAUGAAUUAAUUAUUAAAGGUAUCCUGAUUAUUCUGUUGGCUUUAGAACAUGUUUGAAGCACUUCAAAUGGACAAAGAGGGACACUUUAAUUUUAGGGGUGUGAGAUGGCAGGGCUGUUGUGAAACAUUUUAGGGGCGGGGCUUAACCGCACCCCACAGCUUCCAAGGCAAACUGCCAGAAUCCCUCGAAAAUCAUGGGCAUCAUUUCUCACCCGACUGCCACAACCCACAUACUCACCCUGGAGUGGUACAUGGAACCGGUACAUACCAUUCUUCUAGCAAUCUCGGUUGAAACCGUGAAAGAAAAAGCUUGCUGCCUACCACCUCCCCCCAAGCCUUGGAAUCGAGGAAUGGCGGAGCCCACCCCAGAUCCUGUACCUGAGGGUCGAUAUCACGAACGCCACUACGCCAGACCUACUACCUAAAAUGGGGAGGCGAUCUCAGAAACCACUGCCAGGUACACUUUGCAACUCCCGAGAUAUCGGGUCCCUGCUCCAGAGACAGGCCCAAAGCAAGAUGGCGGCCCAAGAUGCCUAUACGGCCAUAACUGAACUUCAGGCCCACACCCAGGAGAAAGCUCCAUCUCAGCCCAAGCUGCCGGGCUGCAAACAAACACCUCCAAUCUACCCAGACUUCUCAACCCUGGCAUCUAAGCAGGACAUGAAGACCCUCCUAGCUGACUUUAGGCAGACCUUAGAAGCUGAUACAGCAGUGAUCCAGACUGACUUACAGAUGGUGACUGACCGGGUCUGUGCCACUGAAGAGAACAUCAUAGUUGUGAAGCAGGCAGUGUCAACUAUGAGAGACUCACAAGUACAGAAAGCCCAACAAGCAUUCUCCAUCCAACACUCAAUGCUGGAUGCUUGA